UCACUCACGGAUUAUCAGCGCUGGGUAGGUUGAGCACCGUCUGCGGCGCUGCCUGAGCGGGGCUCCACAGAAACUAGUGCUUUAAUAAAGACACCCGGUGCUCUCAGUUCCUUUUUUUUAUUCAAUCGUUUGUUUUGCCCACCCAUUUAAAAAAAAUUUAUUCUGUCCGGUCUGAAAUGACUCGGUCGAGAGAAACGCUACAGCGGCUCACCUGAAGAACCGGACACCGUUUGAACCUUUAAAAAUCCUUAUGUGAUGGCCUGCUUUUUCAUAUAAUUGGACGCUGUGUGGGAUUUUUGUUUGUUUUCCUGAUAAACAAGACAACAAGAGACGUCCUUCUCAUGUUACAAACAGAAGCGCGCGGUAAUGUAGGCUAGCAUCUCUGGACACAACAUCGCGUUGGUGUGCGCGUGCCACUGUGUUUUCCGUCAUCACCAGCGGCGGUAGUUGUAGAAGUUGUGGUGGACGCAGGGUUCCUCCCACCUCAACAUCUUGCCUCCAAGCGUGUGUUGUCGUUUUUUUGGGUAUUUUUUUUUUUUUGCCGGCUCGGUCAGGCUGUGUUGAGGCCGGUUGGGGAGGCAGAAGAUGGGACUACCCGCUCUGGAGUUCAGCGACUGCUACCUCGACAGCCCGCAGUUCAGGGAGAGACUGAAGUCUCACGAAGCGGAGCUGGAUAAAACCAACAAGUUCAUCAAGGAGCUGAUCAAAGACGGAAAAGCGCUCGUCCAGGCUUUGAAAAGUCUGUCAACAGCAAAGAGGAAGUUUGCAGAUUCCCUCAAUGACUUCAAAUUCCAGUGCAUUGGAGAUGCUGAGACGGAUGAUGAGAUAUGCAUAGCUAAGUCGCUUCAGGAGUUUGCAGCUGUCCUACAGAAUUUGGAGGAUGAGAGAACACGAAUGAUUGAAAAUGCCAACGAUGUGCUGAUUUUACCUCUGGAGCGCUUCCGGAAAGAGCAGAUCAGUGCAGCUAAGGAAGCUAAGAAAAAGUAUGACAAAGAGACAGAGAAAUACUGUGGAGUCCUGGAGAAGCACCUUAGCCUUUCAGCAAAGAAGAAAGAGGCACAUCUGCAUGAGGCGGACAAUCAGGUGGAUAACGUGAGGCAGCACUUCUAUGAGGUCUCCCUGGAGUAUGUCUUCAAAGUUCAAGAGGUCCAAGAGAGAAAGAUGUUUGACUUUGUGGAGCCUCUGCUGGCAUUUCUCCAAGGCCUGUUCACAUACUAUCACCAUGGUUACGAGCUGGCUAAGGACUUCAACCACUUCAAGACGGAUCUUACCAUCAGCAUACAGAAUACGAGGAACCGCUUUGAGAGCACACGCUCCGAGGUAGAAAGUCUGAUGAGGAAGAUGAAGGAGAAUCCCCAUGAACACAAGAGCAUCAGCCAGCACCUCAUGGAGGGAUACCUGUUUGUCCUGGAGAAGCGGUCAUUUGUGUCGACUUGGGUCAAGUACUACUGCACAUACCAUCGUGAACCUAAGAGGGUCACCAUGGUUCUGUUUGACCCUAAAUCUGGCGGGAAAAUGGGAGAGGAGGAGAGCUUCAUCCUGAAGUCCUGCACCAGGAGGAAGACGGACUCGAUAGAAAAGAGGUUCUGUUUUGAUGUGGAGGCAAUGGACAGGCCGGGUGUGAUCACCAUGCAAGCUCUGUCAGAAGAGGACCGCAGGUUGUGGAUGGAGGCUAUGGACGGCAGAGAACCGGUAUACAAUCUCAACAGAGACAGUCAAGCUGAAGGCAUGGCCCAGCUGGAUGUGAUCGGAUUUAAUGUGAUGAAGAAAUUCAUCUAUGCUGUGGAGACGCGAGGAAUUGAUGAGCAGGGAUUGUACCGGAUCGCCGGCGUUAACUCCAAAGUACAGAAACUACUGAGCCUGACUAUGGAUCCUAAAACAUGCGCUGAUGUUGAGCUGGAUAGCCCAGAGUGGGAGAUUAAGACGAUCACAAGUGCUAUCAAGCAUUACCUCAGAGUGCUGCCUGCACCUCUCAUGACCUACCAGUACCAGAGGAGCUUCAUCAAAGCAGCCAAGAUGGACAACCCAGAGACCAGAGUGACGGAAAUCCACACUCUCGUGCACCGGCUUCCUGAGAAGAACAGGCAGAUGCUGGAGCUGCUGGUGAAUCACCUCGCAAAUGUGGCCAGUCACCACCAUCAGAACCUGAUGACCAUCGCCAACCUGGGCGUGGUUUUUGGGCCGACACUGCUCCGCCCCCAGGAGGAGACGGUGGCCGCCAUCAUGGACAUCAAGUUUCAGAACAUUGUCGUGGAAAUCCUCAUAGAGCACCACGAGAGGAUAUUCCAGGACGUCCCAAAUUCUGCAGACGGUCCAAACAACAUGCCGUCUAACCAGUCUAGAAGAAGAAGCACAGAGAGUAAAGCGCCAUCCUGCAGCGAAAGACCUCUCACUCUGUUUCACACACCAACACACUCCCAGAAAGGUGAAAAGAGGAAUAGUGUUGCUGACGUGCAGAACUCCACCAACUGCAACAACUGCAGCAGUAGCAGCAGCAGCAGCGGCGUCGGCGGCGGCGGCAGCCACAGUCACACCCCAAGACACAGCCUGACCAGUAAUGACGGCGAGCCGGACAGCCGGCAGACCCGACCCAGCUCGCUACUGUAUCCUAAAGGUGGAGGAGGCAUCCCCACCAGCACCACGUCUCCCAGUCCCGCCUCGCCGCGGUCUCCCUCCUGGCCCAUGUUCUCCGCCCCUUCCAGUCCACAUCCAGUGUCCUCCGCCUCCAGCGACUCCUCUCCCGCCAGCGUUUCCGGCAGGAAGGCGAUUGCGCUUUACGCUUGCAAGGCAGAGCACGAGUCGGAGCUGUCCUUCAUUGCAGGGACGGUCUUUCUGAACGUUCACGCGUCCAGGGAGCCCGGCUGGCUGGAGGGCACGCUGGACGGUCGCAAAGGCCUGAUCCCGGAAAACUAUGUGGAAUUCCUAUAAUGACCAAAACCCAUCCGGACGUUAGAUUUGUACCUGAAUGAAACUGGAUAAUGUUGUUUCGUUUUUAAAAAGGAGGGAUUUUUUUUUGUGUGUGACUAAAAUGGGAAGUCGAAUCCGAGCAGGUGAUGGAACGGAGACUUUGAAUUGCACUGGGAGGGAAGGAAAAGCUAUCGUAGGAUUUCUGGGGAUGUUUUUCCCAAAAAACAAUCCUGAAGAUGAUGUGGGAAUUUUUGUGUGUGAGGGGAAAAAAGAGGCGUUUUAUGGGAGAUGUAAUUGUACAAAUAAUUUGACGUUUUAUCUGAGGUUCAAGGUUUUUUGGUCUAAAUCAGAUCUGCACUGCUGCCGCUUUAGCAUCGCUUCUCUCUAUUAGCAAAACCCACAGAAACAGGAUAAAGAGGAGCUAGCUUCCUACUGCUUAGUUCAUCUCCUCGGCCUUGGAGUCAUAGCCAAUCCUCUCUUCAGGACAACUGAAACACCAGAGUUUGGGCGUGCAGCUGGAUUUGGAGGCGCUUCUUGUGGUGCUCAGCAAUUCCAGACUAAGCCUGGCUGAGCCGGACCCUCAUGCAGAGAUGGGACGGUCUGGGACGGCUGGGCAGUGGGCUCCUGGUUUCUCGGUUUGUCCCCGCUGAGCUCUCCGAAAAGAAAAGAAAGUUCAUCGAGGAAAGCUGCGUUUUACUGUGACGUACAGGAGCCCAUCUUGGCUGCAUCAAUGUACAGCAGCUGACUUUCAGGUUUGGAGGCUUUGAUCUGAGCAGCCCAGAAGCAGAAUCCAGUCGGUGGCAUUGAACCCGUUUGUGAAGCUGCCGUUGACGGUGAACGUUCAUUCACCGUGGCACAAAACUCCAGAGAGGCGGUUUCUGUCUGCCAUGUUUCACGUAAACAUCUGCUUUGGUGAACGCCGUCAGUCUGUAACCACGUAGUGAACAUUUUUAGUCAAAGAUCUGCACAGGAAAAAAAAUUAAAUUGUUAAAACCUUUUUGAUCUUUUUUUAGCAUAUCAAUAAAAAAUAUUAAAUAAGGGCGGGCCUAAAUAAAUAAAUAAAUAAAUAAAAACAAUGUGAAAGGAGACUACUUUGUUCAUAUCUCAGCUUAUGUUUGUUAUUUUCAUAGAGGAAUCCUGGACUGUUUUCUGUUUGAGGUGUUUAUUGAACAUGUAAAUAAAUAAUAAUUGAUGAGGUAUACAUUUCUUUUUAAUGAUGAAAUUUUAUAUUUUGUAUUUCUAGCUUACUAACUUAAGUCUAUCUUUGUUGGCUGAUUUUUUUUGUACUCCCAGUCUCUCCACAGCCUUAAAUGUUCCUGCAGAUGUUUGGUGACGGGUUGUGCAGAAUUAAAGGGAAUCCUCAGAAA